AUGGUCUUCUUCUUCUUCGUCUGCGGCGAAUACACAUUCCGCUCAGAAGUCAAGGGCUACGAGGGCGUCAUCUGCCAGUGCCACAACUGCGGCAACAUGUCCGCCCGCGUCAUCAAGAGCCGGCCAUUCUUUACCUUUUGCUUCGUGCCCAUCAUACCAUUCACCAUAUCAGGCUUCGUCGAAGUCGUCUGCCACAUAUGCAACUUCAAGCAGCCCCUCAAAAACAGACCCGACGUCGUCUCCAUGGCCAACGGCGGGAAUCCCGGUGCCGGGCCGUAUCCCCCGCCGGCGAAUCCGGGAUGGGGAGGACAGCAACAGCAGUAUCAGGGCCAGCCUCCGGCGAGAUAUGGAUAA